CUCCACGAGCCACAAGAAUCAUCAAAGGUGGACCCGACGUUACGAGUACUGCGUACGUUUUAAUGAUGUUGUUGUUUAUAACUAAAUUAUUGGAGCGGAGGAGCUGCUGCCUACGUGGGGCAGGUGCCAACGUGCACCCCAGAACACACAACAUUCUAAGUACCGCAUCUGUAUACUUUCGUUUUGCUUUGACCAAUUGGUGUCCGCGGCUCUCACCUGUCAUCAUCUUCACAGAUCCCACAGCCUCCGAAACCACCACACCCAGCAAACUCCAAAACGUCCACCUUGGUUUAACGGUAACGGCAGGUGGUUAAACCCUACAGUUUAGUUCCCUGCUGAGCUCUGAGAAGACCCAGAAAAGCUUUCCUCCCACUUCCAGCCCUCUCUUUUGAAACUUUUUCGAGAUUCAGAUAGAAGAGAUCAGGUUGCGAAAGCAGGAAUUGAGCAUUUGGUAUGGAAGACCACGCUGUUUGUGAUAUCAAUGUUGGCAGUCCAGAGCUUGAGAUAAACCACAUACAUGAACGGGUGCCAUCUAACGAAUCUGGCGUGCAAGAGUUAGAGAGUUCCAUGAAAGUUUUGACAAAGGUGGACUUGGACUUGGCAUAUUCUUCUGAGAAGUUAGCAAAUCUCCAUGUACCUCUGAUGUACCUUUUGGCUCAGCAAAAUGAUCUUGAGGCAAUGGCCACCACGAAUAACUAUAUUCUGGCAGACUUUGUUGAGAAAGUAUUGGUGUUCAAUCUCCUGUCUAGCAUUUUGGAUUCUGAGGUACGAGAGCUGGACAAUUACAUGGAUAAUCUCCGAGUGGAAAUUGUUGAUGCGCGUCAAAAAAUAUCUUCGUGUAGACACUUGGGAGAACUGUACUCUAUAAUGAAAGGAAAGCUAAAUGAUUCUGAAGAAUCACUAAAGCAAUCUCGGCAACAGAUUUCUGAGGUCAAGAUGCGGUCUGCAAGGUUUCAGAGAACCGUUCUAGCUUUCGCACAUGAAAAUUGGAAAACUGACAUUGCCAUGGAUUUGUCAGAAAAUUGUCAACUGUCGAAUAAAAAUGCAAUGUCAAAUUUAAGGAUGCCUAGACAACAAAGACAUAAUCUAUGGAUGCUGGAGAAGUCGCUUUCGAGGGAGCUAUAUCUUGAGAAGAAAUUAGCCGAAUCAAGACAGAAUGGAGAAGAACUUAAAUUGAAGAUGCAUCAUAUGGAAGAGGUAGUAUUUUGCAUGGAAGAAGCAGCAGAAGUUGUUUGGGGAAGGUUUUUAGAGGCAGAAAAUGCUGCUGAGGUUCUCCAGGGGAUUUCAAAGGAGUUAUUGGGUCGACUGCAGCUUGUUCAUUUUAAUCUGAAUGGUUCAAUUCAGCGAGAAAGCGAGUUAAAAUUCAAUCUUCAAGCUAGUUUAGAAGAGAUUAGAGCAAAAGAUAAUGCUUUGCAUAAGCUCGAGAAGAUAAUGAAAGAGAACAUUAAGAAAGAUGUUGAAAUGACUGCUUUGAGAGAAAAGGUGAUGCUCCUUGAGAAACAGCUGAAAGAGUCACAGCUCCAGCUGAAGAAUGCCAAUGCCACGAAUGAAUCGAGUGAAGAGAAACUUGGGGAAAUGGAAAGUUUAGUUGCGUCUUUGAAAGAAAAUAUCUUUGUAGCAGAAGUUAAGGCCGAGAGUGCAGAACUUAAGGUUGCGGAAGUAACAGGAACAAAUGUGGAACUCACCGAAGAGCUGAAUUUUCUCAAGGGAAGUGCUACUGGCUCAGAAAAAAAGGUUGGAAGUCUCGAGAAGCAGCUGAGGGAAGUAGAGAUACAAUUACAGAAUGCGAAAGCAUCCUCCGAAGCAAGUCAAGAGCAGCAAAAUAUGUUAUAUGCUGCAAUUUGGGAUAUGGAAACUUUGAUUGAAGAUCUAAAAUCGAAGGUUUCCAAAGCUGAGAAUAAGACAGAAAGUACUGAGGAGCAAUGUAUAACGUUGUCUGAAACUAAUGCAGAACUAAAUGUGGAAAUAACUGUUUUAAGGGAUAGAGUGGAAUUCUUGGAAUUGUCUUUGGAUCAAGCUAACAAUGCAAAACUUGCAAGCGCGGAAGAACUCAAUUCCAGAAUCAAGCUCAUUAUGGAUAUGGCAAUGCAACUGGCUGUAGAAAGGGAGCGCAUCCAAAAGCAGAUGCAUGUCUUAACAAUGGAGAAAAAACUUCUGGUAGAGAAAUUAUGGAACACCAAAAAAGAUGUAACUGAGUGCAACAACGAAGACAUUGACAACAAAGAGCUUCCACCUUUCAAGUGUGCUUCUCCAAAUGCUACUUCUAUAAAAACAUCCGUGGAAGAUGUGACAGAUUCUUUAGAUAAAAGUUUCCAGGUGGAUGAACCGUCAGCAGAGGCACCUGUCUGUGAUAAUGAUGCAGGGGCUUCCAGUUCUGUAUAUAGUCCCACUGGCUCGGAUUCAGAACUUGACACUGUCGAAGUGGUACAGGCCAAGCGCCUAAGCCUGAAGCACAUUCUCAUGGUAAUUGUUGUCGUAUCAGUCAUAUAUUUGCUUAACCAGGAACCUUUCCCCGUUGAAGAUUUGUGACGAAUAGGCUUUCUCACGACUUUAACUUCACCACGAACCUCUCAUAUUUGUGACGCAUUGUUCCUUGAAAUUUUUUUCUGAAGCGCUCUACAUUGUGCUGGAUGUCUUGUUAGGUUCUGCAGAAUAAAAUGUUGUUUCAGCAGGAAGUAUUGUAUUGUUUGAAAAUUCGUUUAGUGUACAUAUAGGUUGGCGAAUUGUAAUGAUUCAACAAAUGAUUUAAGUCCCCUAGAUGGCAUUUGAACAGAUGAUUGAAAA